CAGGAAUUCAAAGCGAUUUAAGGCAUAACACAUUGAUAGUGAACUAACUUUCUACGUAUCCAAAUCAACACCUGCCUCCUAUGCGUUAGUGUCGAAGGAUUUUGCUACGCUUGAGCCUCGGCGUUUUCACGAUAACAGCCGCAUCUCUCACGCUCUGGAUCUACCCACCUCAAUUGGCCACGCGACACCUUCGCCAAAAUGGCCAAAACCUUCUUUCUCGCAGACAAUGAGGAUAACGUGAUGAUGGAGAGAAUAAUACUCGCGGUGAUAGCAGGCCUGUUGCCCUUUGCAAUCCUGCUCAUCCUCGGCAUCCUCCAGUCUCCCAGAGCACUACCUCCGCCAGCUGGCUGUCGGAAACUUGGAAUUAAAGGACGCAGCAACCUUGAAGACCAGUACUCUAAGAAAUAUGCCAAAGGCGGCGACCCAACCCCAGAAAAGCCAUGGACCAUAAAAGCACUCUUCAUCUACCCGUUGAAAUCCGGUGGCCCGAUUGAAUUGGAAAAAACUGAAGUCAUUCGAACUGGACUGAAAUACGACCGCCAAUUCACUCUCGCUCAGCAAGUUACUAGCCUGCCAUCUUUGGAUGGAAAAGUCUCAAGUGAAUGGCAAUUCAUGACCCAGCGAAGUUUCCCCCGUCUGGCCAAAGUCGAGACGGAAAUGUGGGUGCCUGAUCCAUCAGCAAGAGGCUACAAGGAAGAUGGAGAAUGGGUGAAAAGUGAAGGCUGUAUUGUAAUCCGAUUUCCAUUUACCCCAGAUACCGACUUCACCCUGGAAGGCCUUACCAACUAUGGAAAGAUCUUGGCAGCAAAACUGGUUGGCAAAUCCGAACCAACGCUGGAAUUCAGAAUACCGUUCAACCCGCCGCAAGAGAGAAUCAACAGCAAGGGAUAUACGAAAGAAGUUUUGCAUAUCUGGAUGGACACUCCCGUUGUCCUGAACAUGACCUCAGAAGUCGACCGCGAGACCUUUGAAAAACUUCGAUACACUCUGGGUGCCGCAAACCCCAUUGCACUAUUCAGAAUCGACACAAACGCCUAUCGAGAAGUAGGCAAAAACGCACCAAAGAAAGAAGAGGUGGGAUUUGAGACUGUAAUCGGCAUGCAAGACUCUUAUCCAGUCCACAUCAUGAACAUGGCCUCCGUCCACGACGUAGCCUCCAAACUCCCGGGCAAAAAUCCAAAAUCCAGGCACAAUUGGCAAAACAGGCUCGCCCUCCUCGACGCCAUGCGUUUCCGCGCAAACCUCUACAUCACCGGUCCCUCCGCAUUUGCCGAAGACAACUGGACAAAAGCCAAAAUCUCGUCACCAUCUAAUUCAGAAUCCUCACUCAAUCUCCACGUCUCCUGCCGCACAACGAGGUGCAAGCUGCCAAAUGUCGAUCAGAAGACGGGAGAGCGGGAUCGCAAUGAGCCGUCGACUACGCUGCGGAGUUAUAGGAUUAUUGAUGAGGGGAGUAAGCAUGCGUGCUUGGGUAUGCAGGUUACGCCGUUGAACGAGGGGAGUGUGGCUGUGGGGGAUAGAAUUGAGGUGCUGGAGGUUGGGGAGCAUCGGUUUAUUGGGGAGUAAGGGAUGAUGAUGGAGCCUAAAUGGAUGGAGAAGGGAAGAAGCAUCAAGGGAAAUAGUUCAAGGAGUGUCGGACAUAAGGGAGAAAAACAAGAAAAAUAUAUGGAGGGCCCGAUGGGUCCUACUAGAUAGUCAGAAUUGAGAUGGAGCGGGAAUAGUUGAGGCAUAAUUUGACAGCACGUGCAAUUUGUAUUUUCUGUCAAUAAUAUCGGCUUAGGAUUGAUGAUGAUGAUAUGAUCCAGGCCAUACAAAUUCCCCAUGACUCUGUUUACAACCCCAUAGCAAAUCAAAGGAGAAGAAAGAAAAAAAGACAUAGAAACUGUCUUAACUUUUGAAAAUGUGGCACAUAU